AUGGGGACGCCGACGAACGCACGCAACGCGUCCCACUGCAGCGUGGACCACGACGACAGCUCGCACGUCUACGCCGCGGUGUUGAUCAUCGUCGCCGUCCUGGGACUGUCGGGGAACAGCGUGGCCCUCUUCGCGUUCAUUUUCCGGCUGAAGAAGCGCAACGCCGCGCGCUGUUACUGCAUCAACUUGGCUCUGGCGGACCUCUUGUACAUGCUGACGCUGCCCCUGCGUGUCGCCACGCACCUGCAGGGCGGCAGGUGGCCUUUCGGAGACGUCGCGUGCGCCCUCGUCUUUUACGUCUUCUUCAUGAGCCUCUACAGCAGCAUCUUCUUCUUGACGGCGAUAAGCGUCAACCGCUACCUGGCCGUGGUGCGCCCCAUUCAGCAGUGGCAGGACGGCAGCCGGCGAGCCAAGAUGCUGUGCUCGGGGAUAUGGGCCUUCACGGCGGUCUGCGCCUCACCCUACCUCCUCAAAGGCACGGACACAAUAGGGAAGGACGCGGUUUGCUUAGACCCCCAGGUAGACUCCACGCUGAGGUUCGUCAUGAGCAACGUGUCCUUCGUGUUGGGGCUCAUUUUCCCCCUGGUCAUCAUCGUGUUCUGCUACAUGUCCAUCCUCCGCCGCUUCAACCUGGGGCCAGCAGACGGCGGCUCCAAUGCGAGGGGUCGGCGGGGACGCGAGAAGAUCAAGGCCCUGGCCGUCAUCAUCAUCGUCCUCUUCAUGACCUGCUUCGUGCCAUACCACGUGGUGCGCACGGUCUACCUUUACUUGCGGAUGAGAGCCAACGGGCAGAGCGACGCCGGGUGGUACUGCCAGCAGGCCAAUCAAAUGAAGCCCCUGAUGGGAGCGCUCAUUUGUUUCGCCGCGGGCCACGGCUGCUUCGACCCCGUCGUCUACUUCUUCUACAGCAGGCACUUCCGCAGCUUCCUCGGCCGCAUGCUGCCCCGCAGGAGAGGAGCGGUCGCGCGCGAUCCCAGGGCGGCCACCGUACGCGGAGACGCGACGUUCACGAACUCGCGAGCGGCCGCCUCGCACGACAACGCGGACUCCGCCGCCGUGCAGGACCUCAAACCCAGGGGGGGCCCAUCGGGCGAGGACGCCGCGGUGCCGCCGCGAGGCAAGAGGGAUCAGCUUCAGAUCACGGACAACAGCCCGAGUAACAGCUUUCAGAGUUUCACGGACAGUUAA